AUGAAGCCAUAUCAGGCCCUCUCUCUUCUUGCCUGCGUGGCCCCGGCCGCUGCCCAGGGUGUCACGGCCAAGAUCGCCCCCGAAGCCAAGGCCCCCGCGGGAUUGCCCCGAUUUGAGAUAUCAAUCUUGGAGCUCGGCAACCCGACCAAGAGAAGCGAGCAGGCCCGCCAGUGCCAUGGCGAAGGCACUCUCGUUUCCCAGCUUGUGGAUGGUGUGUUGACUGACGCCCACGGAGGGACCGGAUACAUUGCCUCGAAUUUCCAGUUCCAGUUUGACGGCCCUCCUCAGGCCGGUGCCAUCUACACGGCUGGCUUCUCGGUGUGCAACAAUAGCUCUUUGGCGUUCGGCGGGUCCACUGUCUUCUACCAGUGCCGCUCUGGUGACUUCCAAAACCUUUAUGACCGCUGGUGGGCUGAGCAGUGCAGUCCCGCAGAGAUCUUGGUGAUCCCUUGCGGUGACAGCCACCAGGACGCUGCAAUCAACGGGGUCGUCGUCGGGACCACAGUCCUACCCACGACAGUGAUUAUCCCACAGAGUGAUGGAGAGGGGAAGGCUGUUGUUACCACGGCAGCUGUUCCGCUGUGCUCGGUUGGCCAGAUCGGAGAUGGGCAAAUCCAAGGACACCCGACCCUCUGUUCCGAAUUUGAGUUCCCCACGCCACAAACGGACCUGGUACCUGUAUCUGAAUACGCCGAUGGUCAGAUCCAGGUGACACCUCCUGCCCCGGGUACACCUGGGAAGCCCUCCAAGUCGCAACCCACGCCCUCUAACUCGGUUCCCAACAUCUUCCUGACGACUACUCCUGCUUCCGGAUCCCCGCCGGCUCAGACGACCGUGGUUCCUCCCGGGGGCGUUGUCGUUGUCAGCUUUUCCAAGCCGCCCAAGCCCAGCGUCGUGGUCACCAACGAUGCCGGCCGCCGCUGGCUGUCUAGCAUCAACGGAUACAUGGGUAUUGUGAUGGGCGUUGUCGGUGGCAUCCGGUUCAUCUGAGCAUAGGUCCCGGCAGAGUGAGCUAUUGGGUUAGGGGUUGAUAGUUAGUGUUGAUGUGGAGGGUGUGUGUUGAUUUCGGCCAACAAGGUUAUUGAUUUGCAUUGAUUUGGGCAACGGUACUAUUGUGCUUUCACGAAUGGCUCCCAAAGACCAUGCAUCUGCGACAGCAGUGGGUGCACACCAACGGACUGUUCGGGGGAGUUUUUGGAGUCUCGGGGUAUAGAGCGAUAAAAUGAGGAAGUGUAUGGAUGAUAGGGAGACGCGUGACACCAGUGGUUGCGACGUCGUGGUUAGUAAUGACGGUGACGGAUGAAAUAAGCGAGCACAUUUAACAGGUUUUGGGCCCAACAUUGUCGUU